CAAUGUUUUCAGAUCUAAACAAAAAGCUACAUUUAAAAUAUGUUUUAGUAUUGUUUCUUUCAGAUAAUUUCCAAGAAAUAGGAACCUACUAUUACGGAAACAAACACUUGAGAAUGAAGAAGAAACUCAUGUUAAUGGACAAGGAACUCGUUAUGGAAUCUAUUAGAAAUGUGAAGAGAGUUGACCAUUUGAAGGAGAAUUAUCAGGAGAUGGCUGGGUACGAGGUUGGAGGGAACUUCUACGACAUCAGAAAGAGGUACGGCAGGAUGGUACACCUGUAUUUGACUUCGCAUAAUAACUACGACAAGUACCCUCAUGAAACGUUAAUGGUACAUCUAGACGAAAUGAAUCACUUGUCCAUCGAGAUUAGUCACUUCGUUGAAAUGAUACAGGACUUUGAGGUUUCCAAUUACGCCGAAGUUGAGCAUAACAAGAGAAUGAAGAGACUGAACCUCACUUCUCCUGUUGGACCUCAUAAUGCUACCCCACCUUAUUCCCCUGGUGAUGAACUUGGGCCACCGAUAGGAAGAACGCGAAGACCAAGGUGGAAUAGUGGGUCUACGAGAAAAAGAGUUUCCAGAGAUUUCCUCAACAACGAUGGCGGGGCUUUCGACUCGGACGACGCUCAUGGUGAUUGGUGAUUUAAUUUACAAACUCAAAGAUUUUUUCUUUAUUUUUGGGUACCUAUUAUGUUAAUAUACUUAACCUUUCGCAGUACUUUAUGUUGAAAGUUCUAUGUUAGCUAUA